AUGCGGAAUGGAUCCUCGGACGAGGCCACCAAGGCUGACCAGGCGUCGCUUUGGCGUCGUUUCAAGGGGAAUUUUCAGAUGCGACCGCCCGAGGACGAUGAGCCGCAGUCUUGGUGGAUCGCGUCGACGGCCAUUCCUCUGGUAGCGGCGGCAGCCGGGCCGCUAGCCAAUGUUAUGUCAAUCGUUGCGCUGGUUAUGCCGUGGAGGAGCAGGAUCAUUUCCAGGAGUACAGGCCCUGCGGGGAAUUGGGUCCAAGAAGGCUAUGAUGACCCCCAUUGGAGCACGGGGAUGAAUGCUGCCUCGCUCGUUUGCGGUGUGGUAGGCAAUAUAUUCUUACUACUUAAUUUCACUCAGGCUGUUCGGUAUAUUAUCGCUCUCCCAGUUACCAUUAUUUUGUGGUUUUUAGCUCCAGCCAUUCUUUGUGCCGCCACUGCGUCUCUUCAUAUCUAUGCCCCUCCAGUCGGACCUGACGAUGUGUAUUCCCAGGCCUACUGGAGCGCCGUGAUUGCAGCCGCGCUCUAUUUCCUACUGGGUGUCCUCCUCAUGAUAAACAUGCUCGGCUACUUCCUCGGAAGGUACCCGCAGCACUUCUCACUCACAGAUGACCAACGUACCUUGAUUCUGCAAAUGACGGCACUUGUUGCAUGGCUCCUCAUUGGAGCCGCCAUCUUCCAGCGCGUCCUUGGGAUCUCAUUUGCAGAUGCUCUUUAUUUCUGCGAUAUCACGGUUUUAACGCUGGGAUUCGGUGACGUGACAGCUCAGACUGCCACGGGAAAAGGGCUUAUCUGGCCUUACGCAGUCAUUGGCGUGAUCAUGCUUGGUCUGGUCGUUUCAAGUAUUCACCGGUUCGCACGGGAAGUCCAUUACGACAAUGUUGUCCGAAAACACAUUGAAUCAAAGCGACAAUGGACUUUCGACCGAACCAUCACUUCUAAGGAAGGGGAUAGCGCUGGAACAACGGGCCCGGCGAUUUCAGCGCUGGCAAGGAGAGAAUCCCAGAUUGCUUACCACCCACAUCAUAAGCACCAGCCCAUUCGCAGUGCCAUUGAUACUCUAGCCACUGGUGGAAGGCCGAAAGUGAUUGUUAUGAGGGAGGAAAAAGAUCGAUUUGAUGCCAUGCGAGCCAUUCAGUACGAAACUAUGCGAUUUCGCCGCUGGAACGAUCUUGUCAUCAGCGUGAUAGUGUUUGGAAUCGUCUGGUCCUGUGGAGCGGUGGUUUUCUGGCUGCUUGAGCAUGAUUGGAGCUACUUUGACGCUCUGUAUUUUUGCUUUGUUUGCCUUCUGACCAUCGGAUACGGUGACUACACACCGCAGUCGAAUGCCGGUCGACCGUUUUUCGUUUUCUGGUCCCUGGUGGCGAUCCCGACCAUGACUAUGCUUAUUUCGCAAAUGAGUGACACUGUCGUCGCUAGUUUCAACCACGGAACCAAAAAAGUUGCCGAAGUCUUCAUCUUGCCCGAAGCCGGGACCUACAGGGGCUUUAUCGCACGUAUUCCUUUUCUGCGCUCCGCUCUCCGAAGACACCAGGAGAAAAAGCGCGUUGAACGAGGCUUCCCGAUCGGUGCCGAUACUCCAGAUGAGGCUGGCAGUGGCGAUGCUGAAAGAAACAAAGAUCCCAUCCUGUCUCGAUCCCGAAGAAACUCGGCCCGCAACCAUCCUCAGCGAACAAUCGAGGAGCUUGCUCAGCAACCCAAUCCGUCACCCUUCGAACUCGCGCAGCAAUUAGCGUUUGCGAUCCGUCGGGUAACCGAGGAUGUGUGCUCUGGGCAGCGCAAACGAUACAGUUACGAAGAAUGGGUCGAGUUUACUCGCCUGAUCCAGUUCACAAACCCUCGUUCUGCGUCCAACCCCUCUGCUGGUCCCAGUCAGUCCGGGGGUGAUGAGAAUACCAUCGCCCUCGAAGAGGAUGAAUACGGUGUCUUGAACUGGGAUUGGAUCGGCGAGAGUAGCCCUAUGCUGGCUCAUCAGUCUGAGCCUGAGUGGGUGCUCGAUCGGCUUUGUGAGAGCCUGGUGCGGUAUGUCUCGACCCAGGAGCAGGCCCGAAAAGAAAGGCUUAAAGCUGCCAGCGUGGACGAGGAGAUGACCUUGGCAAAGGAGAGGGACCUUGGAAUUGAAGAAUCUUGA